AUGGGCGACUUCUGCAAAUACAUAACAGUUUUCAAACGCUUUAAAAUUGCUCCCGACAAAUUCACUGUAGAGAGACGCGUAUUAUACCCUAGGGUUACGGACAAGCUAGUGACUGUUAUACUUCUUUGUGACUCACCUUCGCUUGGACGAAAAGGGGCAAUAUUGUCCAUACCACGUGGCCUUGCAAAUUAUCACAUGAUACCACAAGGGAGGGCAGCAUAUGCUAACUGGCAAAAUGUAGAUAUAUUCGCUAAAGCAAAAGAUUUUUGUAUCAACUGUGAAACAGGUAAGGAUGAAUACACUUCAUUAGCAACGGCUUAUCCCGAAUUGGUCUACGAUUUAAUCAGAAACGGGACACCCGAAGACUUAUCUACUGAUUCAGAUCGCAUGGCCAAUCAGGUGUUAACUUUUAAAAUUAACACGCUGUCCAAGGAUCGAAAAAGGGCGCGUGCCCCUUUGUCUCUGUAUAGAAUACUCGACGUUUUUUCUAAAAGGCAUCAAAUAGACCUCUUACCAUGCCAUAUCGUCGGAUUAGUACACCUACAGGGAGCCAAAAUGUGUGAUAAAAGAAUACCGACUACAGGAGAGUACAAUGUGGUAGCGCGAUUGCCUCUGAUAGCUCUGCAUGCGAAUGCAGUUGCAUUUACACUUAAUCUGGCCCAUUUAGAUGACCAGUGA